AUGGCGGAGGGUCCACGGUCCAAACGGCGGAAACAGGCCAACCCCCGCAGGAAAAAUGUGCUGAUCUAUGGCAGUGUUGUGGAGGAGACCUCGGACAGUGAUAAGGAGGAGCAGCUGCUGUCAGAAGAUAAACAGCUGAGCAGACUGUCUGGAGCCCCUCCUUUUUUGACCCCCAGCCAGCAGGAGCAGGAGGAGGAGACCCUGCAGGAGCCCCUCAGCUGGAGGUUUGAUGAGAGGAGUGACGAGUUUGAUGGAGGAGAAACUUCUCUUCAUACUACAGGAAAUACUGCAGUAAUCCAGCUGGAUGGACUUUCCAACAUCAACAAGUUCUUGCUGAAUCACAAACUGGAGGAUGGUGACGCUCAUCAGGCCUUCGCCACGUAUCUGCGGCAGAAGGACACCGCCAUCAUUUACCCAGAAGCCCCGGAGGAGGCCUCAGCAUUCAGCCCUCCUGAGACCCACGGGCCAGAUGAAAGUGAGCACGACAUGGCGGCCGGUGUCCUGGAUGACUUCCCACAGAUGUUAACGUGUCCGUACUGCCAGCGCGGCUACAAGCGGCUGUCGUCCCUCAAGGAGCACAUCAUGUACCGUCACCAGAAGAAUGAGGGCAGCUUCUCCUGCACCUUCUGCAGUCACACUUUCACGAACCGUGUCCAGCUGGAGCGUCACAUGACCCGGCACCAGCCCCCGAACCACCAGCUGUUGCUUAGUGAUCCUGCUGGAAACCGGAAGUUUAAGUGCAACGAGUGUGGGAAGGCCUUCAAGUACAAACACCAUUUGAAGGAGCAUCUUCGGAUCCACAGCGGUGAGAAGCCUUACGAGUGCUCCAACUGUAAGAAACGCUUCUCUCACUCAGGAUCCUACAGCUCCCACAUCAGCAGCAAGAAAUGCAUCAGUCUUACUUCACUUAAUGGGCGAGUGCACAACGAUGGCGGCAGCAAACCCAGCUCUUCUCCGAACUCCAGUUCCUCAUCACCAGGAAGCCCUGCCCUCAACCAUCUCCACAGCAGAUCAGAAAAUGGGCGGCUUUUCAGCCCACCUGACAUUCAAAGGUCACUCGAUAUUAAAACUGAGCCAAUGGACUUCAGUGAGUACCAGAUGCUGAUGUCCUCGCAGCUUGGGUUUGGUGGGUCAGGCACCUACAUGAAUGGGCAUGGCGAAGACCCUCUGCGCAUCUCUGCCCAGAGUCUAUUUCAACACCUGGGAGGCACUGGGGUGGACCUGUCCCUGCUGGGCUACACAGGACCUCUUAAGAACAACCUGAGUGAGGUGCGGAAGUUACUUCAGAUUGUGGACAAAACAGCGUGUAGGCAGAAAAUGGAUGGUUACCCAGAACUCUCCAAGCUCAAUGCCCACACAAAGGAGCAAGGGACACACACGGCAGAGCACAAGUCCAGGUAUCAAUUGAUGGACAGCCCCACCAGGAGCAUCAUUGACUACACUUUAGAGAAAGUCAAUGAGGCUAAAUGUUUGAUCGAUGACUCCAAGAGGCAAGUGGACAUUAAGAAGGAGAAAAUGAACCAGGAAGACCUCAGCAGCAUGGGGAAACUCCAUGAUGACCUAUUUUCGUUCUCCUGCCAGUACUGCAAAGAGACAUUUACCGGACCCAUCCCACUGCACCAACAUGAACGCUACAUGUGCAAAAUGAACGAUGAGAUCAAGGCUGUCCUCCAGCCAGAAAACACCCCUCCCAACCGCCUAAUGUCCCCCGAGCUGCCUAGCAACGAGAGGGCCACCAGCCCCGUUAACCUUUUCGAAGAUCACAUGUCAGUGCUUAAGGCUUACUUUGCCAUGAAGACCGAACCAAACUCGGAGGAAUUGCUCAAGAUUUCCAUUGCUGUUGGCCUUAAUCAAGAGAUUGUCAGAGAGUGGUUUGAACAAUGGAAGAGCCAAAGCCUCCCCAGUCUGAAGAAAAAGUCAACAACGCCUGACUGUGGUGGACCAGACAUCAGAUCAAGCAGCUGUCCCACUUUGGACUCACAGGCCUCCUCAAAUACCAACCAGUCUUCAGCCCACAGACCAGUGGACUCUUUGGACCACUUACCACCACAGAGCAGCACUUUAUCACCGCUUAACUUGUCCUCCGUGUCUUCUAAAAACCCACAGAGCAGCUCCUAUCCAGCAAACAGCCUGACUUCAGAGGAGUUCCACAGGGACUUUCCUCUUGAUUUAUCGCUGUCCAAACACAUGAUGCAGAAGCUCAUCUCUGCUGAGGCCAAACCACCAAGACCCAACGGUCUCCUUGGAGAGCGCAGCAUUGACAUUUCAGCUCCACGGAAGACGUCAGGGCCCUUAGACUCAAUCAAUAUCAAGACUGAAGUGGUGGGUCCUGAUGGAGUCGGGAACUCGGCCCAUCCACUGGAGAAGGCCUCUAGUCCAUUCUUUGGAAUGAACACAUUUGCUGGCUGUCCCACCUACACUUCCCUUCCGCAUCAUGGGGCAUUUCCCCCACCCACUUUCAUGACCCCUGCACCGGCCACCAUUCCCGGCAUCAGGCCCUACAGCAAUCUGGACCCCAUGAGCUUUCUGCCCCACAUGGCGUACACCUACACCGCCGGGGCAUCGUCUUUCAAUGAGCUGCAGCAGAGGAGAAAGUUCCAGCAGAAACCAGCUUUCCAGGGGGAGCUGCUACAGGCUGCAGGUCUGGAUGAGCUGACAGACAGUGAGUCUCUGCUGUGCAGGAAGAAGAUGAAGAAGACUGACAGUGGUAUGUACGCCUGUGACUUGUGCGACAAAACAUUCCAGAAGACCAGUUCCCUCCUCAGACACAAAUAUGAGCACACAGGUAAACGUCCUCACCAGUGUCAGAUCUGUCAGAAAGCCUUCAAACACAAGCACCACCUCAUCGAGCACUCGCGGCUGCACUCCGGAGAGAAGCCGUACCAGUGUGACAAGUGUGGGAAGCGCUUCUCCCACUCGGGCUCGUACUCGCAGCACAUGAACCACCGCUACUCCUACUGCAAGAGGGAGGCCGAGGAGCGCGAGGCCGCCCAGAGGGAGGCGCAGCACUCGGGGGGAGACCUGGAGCCCACCGAGCUGCUGAUGGGCAGGACCUACCUGCAGGCGCUGGCCCCGAUCCGACAGCCCCGACCUGACGACCGCCAGGAAACAUGGAACACCAGUGAGAAGAGGUUACCAGGGCAGAUCUAG